UUGCAUGUUGUGGGUCUUUAUCGGUCAAUUAAUGGGUGUGAUUCCUGAUAUGGUGCUCAGCAGAGAUACUGUUAUGAUGCUUUAGGGAUUUCAUAGCCGUGCGCUCCAUGACUUUGGCUUUCCUAAAUAUAUAGGAGAUUGAAAUGACAAAAUCCGGAGGUGGAAUAAUGGCAUGGAACGUGUUCAGAUUCUGCACUGCCCUGCGUGCCCUUGGCUCUAUAAUGAUGGUGAUGGUCCUUGGAAUAAUUGGCCUCACGUAUUAUGUCCUUGUUAUAGCCGAUUAUGGUCCAGCUCUCUUUCAUGGCGGCCUCGAAUCGCUUGUUUCUUUUAUUGUCUUGCUUUUGUUCCAUUCUUUGUUGGUGAUGCUAUUAUGGAGCUACUUUACUACUGUUCUAACGGAUCCGGGUGGUGUCCCACCAAAUUGGAGGCCAUCAGUAGAUGAGGAGAGAGGUGAUGCAGAUCCAUUGAUAGGGUUGGAACAUGGUUCAAAUUUCGGUCCAAACCAGUCAUCUGUAUUUGGUGACCCAGCUAACCAAAGAAUGCGAUUUUGUAGAAAGUGCAACCAGUUUAAACCACCUCGAUGUCAUCACUGUUCUGUUUGCCGGAGAUGUAUAUUGAAAAUGGACCAUCAUUGUGUUUGGGUUGUCAAUUGUGUUGGGGCACUGAACUACAAGUUUUUCCUGCUUUUCUUGGUUUACACAUUUCUUGAGACAACUCUUGUUACUUUAUCAUUAUUGCGGCUGUUCAUAGCAUUUUUUACUGAUGGUGAAAUAUCUGGAACACCAGGAACUCUGGUAGCCACUUUCAUUACAUUUGUAUUGAACUUAUCAUUUGCACUGAGUGUCGUGGGCUUCUUGAUUAUGCACAUUUCGUUGGUACUAGCCAAUACAACCACCAUUGAGGCAUAUGAGAAGAAAAUUGAUCCCAAAUGGCAAUAUGAUCUUGGACGGAAGAAAAACUUUGAACAGUCAAAACCAACAUAUCCACAAGAUUUAUAUGGCAAAAUUGAGGAUGGGGAAAUUCUAUGUUGUGAAAACCUAACUGGACUGGCUGGCCGGACUGGUUUAACCAGGAACCAGAGCCUGAUCCGGUUCGGUUCACACACAAACCUGUAUUUUUUCGGAACUGCUAUAAACCAGAAUGAACUAGCCAGUUAACCAGUGAAACUGACACCCUAGUUAACCAGCCUGGGCUGCUGGAAGUCUCACAUUCUUGUUACUUUCUUACUGGAGUAAAAUUUGACAGUUUCUUAUAAAUAUGUAUCAUUAACUUUUAAUUUAAACAAUUAAUUGAAUUAGUUAUGUAGUUAUUAAUACAAACAUGAAUUAUUUUUCUAUUUUAUCAUUUUUAUUUUAUUUGUUAUUAUGAAAUUUCAUUCUAAAUAUCUAUAAUUUCAAGUGAAAUGUUAAAUUACUUUUUAAGAUUUAUUUACAUAUUAAAAUUUAACUAAAUUUCCUUUAAUUAUCAUUUACAAAAUAUACCUAGCUGCUAACUAUAACAGUAUACUAACGUAUUUAGAGAAAUUAUUAGUUUUAUAAUAUGUUUUAUAUUUAUUUAAUAUUAUAUCAGUUAAACCCUAGUUGACUCUAGUUAAACUUUAAACCCUUAACCCUCCUUCUUCACUUGUUCAUUGACCAGUUCUAUUUCUAAAACCUUGGGAAAUAAAAUGGACAGGAUUUAAAAAAAAAAAUCAAUGCAUUUGUAGAAAGAUGUCAGUGGCACCUUUUAAGGAAAAGUUGAGAGAAGGGACAUUGACAUGGUUUAAAUGAGUGCAAGGUAGACCACGAAAAGCACCUACAGUGAAGUAGAUAAGAAAGGAAGGGGGCAUCACGUGGAGCUUAAUACUGGAAAAGGAUUUAGUGGCUUUAUACUUUUUCUGAAAAUGUAUUCCUAAACCGAGUGAAAAGAUGGAAACAAAUUGAUAUAGUUGCAUCCCAACUAAUUUGGAUUAGAGCUUAUAAGUUCAGUUGAGCUAACUGAGACGUAUUUGAGUAUUUAAAACUGAUGACAAGUGAUAUCAAGACAUUAAUCCAGACAAAACACUCUUAGGUGUACUUUUGUGAAUGAUUUUCUGGAUUACUUUGAAUUUAAGAGUACAACCUCAAUUUAAAAUGUUCAGUCAUUGGUUUUGUUGGAAUAAUUAGUACUUAGAGUAGUAUGUCUGAUAAUUCUGUUUUCCUUAUGUUCUCCCUUCACCAGAAAUUCUGGCUUCACUUCUAAUCAUGUUUGAAAAUUAAUCUAUCCUGUAGCGAUAUUGUCAUAGAGUAAAGUUGUAGUAAUCCAAGGCUACAAUGCGAGUCAUUGUUGAUUAUUUUUUUUU